GGUAAACUCCACCAUGGCGGCGAGAGGCCAUGUGCAGGACCCCAACGACAGGAGACUCAGACCCAUAUACGAUUACCUCGAUAAUGGCAACAAUAAAAUGGCAAUACAGCAGGCAGAUAAACUGCUGAAGAAACACAAGGACCUGCACUGUGCCAAGGUUCUGAAGGCUAUCGGCCUUCAGAGGACCGGAAAGCAGGAUGAAGCUUUCACUUUGGCCCAGGAGGUGGCCACCCUGGAGCCCACUGACGACAACUCACUACAAGCCCUGACUAUACUGUACAGAGAGAUGCAUCGUCCGGAGUUGGUCACCAAGCUGUACGAAGCUGCAGUGAAGAAGGUUCCUCUCAGCGAGGAGUAUCACUCUCACCUCUUCAUGGCGUACGCUCGUGUCGGGGAAUACAAGAAGAUGCAGCAGGCAGGAAUGGCCUUGUAUAAAAUUGUCCCCAAGAAUCCCUAUUACUUCUGGUCUGUCAUGAGUCUGGUGAUGCAGGCCAUCUCCGCACAAGAUGAAAAACUAGCCCAAACCAUGUUCCUGCCUCUGGCUGAGCGCAUGGUGGAGAAAAUGGUAAAAGAAGAGAAGAUUGAAGCAGAAGCAGAGGUACAACUCUAUUUUAUGAUCCUGCUGCGUUUGGGAAAGUGUGUAGAGGCUCUCGAAGUGGUCAGGGGCCCACUUGGGGAGAAGCUGACCAGUGAGCUGCAGAGCCGAGAAUCCAAGUGUAUGAUGCUGUACCAGCGACUACAACAAUGGCCGGAGUGCAACGCCUUGGGUCACAAGCUACUACUCAAAAAUCCCGAUGAUUGGCAGUUUUAUCCCUCCUACUUUGACUCUCUCUUCCACCUCAUUGACCAGACGUGGAGUCCGCCAGAAGAAGGCGAACACUGUUCAGAGGGUGCAGUACAUCACACUGUGGCUGAAGUGAUGAGGUUUGUGGAAGAGAGAAUUAAGGGGGAGGACGGCAAAGACUCUCGUUCGCUCAGAGGGCCGUAUUUAGCUCGGCUUGAAUUAAUGCACAGACUCAGAGAAAGAGGCUGUCCAGAGGAAAGCCAGCUCGGUGAUCCUUUAGAGCUAAUGGUGCAGUUCUUUGGGAAGUUUGGAGACAAACCCUGCUGCAUCACCGACCUACAGAUAUAUCUACACCUGCUCCCUUCUGAACACCGCGUUCAGUUCAUUAACCGUCUGAGUGAAGCGGUUCCACUCAAGGAGCAGGGAGAGGAGGGAUUCACUUUUCCAGAGGAUAUCAAAGCGCUGCAGAGGCAUUUGUGUGUGUGUCAGCUGAGUCGAGCUCUUGGGCUGCAACACAGUCUCGACGUGGAUGGAAAACUUCGGCUUAUCACGGAACUCAAGGCUCACUAUCGUCACGGCCUCAAGUUUGGGAAGAACGCUCUGAAGACGGAGCUGCAGUUUUCUGAUAUGUAUUGUCUCAUGGCAGCUCAUGUCUACAUUGACCUUUGGAAGGACACUGGGGAUGAGAACAUGAUGUGGCAGUGCUUGGGUAUGCUCCAGGAGGGUCUGUCUAACAGUUCCUCAAACGCCCAGUUCAAGUUGCUGCUCCUGCUCCUCUUCUGUCACCUGGGAGCCUUUGAGCCUGUAGUGGACCUUUACUCCAGCCUGGAUGCCAAGCAUGUCCAGCAUGACACGAUAGGGUUUCUGUUAACACGUUAUGCUGGGUCAUUGGGGCAGUUUGCAGCAGCCUCCCAGUCCUGCAAUUUCUCCCUCAGGUUUUUCCACUCUAAUCAGAAAGAUACCUCAGAGUAUAUCAUCCAGGCGUAUAAGUAUGGUGCGUUUGAGAAAAUCCCAGAGUUCAUCGCCCUCAGGAACAGGUUGAAUCAAUCUCUGCACUUUGCCCAAGUCCGCACUGAGAGGAUGCUGCUGGACCUUUUCCUCGAGGCUGAUAUUGUGUUGAGUCUGGAAGAAAGUGUGAAGGCCAUGUCGUUGUCUGCAGAGGAGGAUGACAUCCCCUGGGAUAAUAUGAGGGACAACAGAGACCUUACUGUUUUUACCAACUGGGACCCCAAGGAGAGACAGCUAAGUGACGAGCAUCGGCGUCGGUCGGUAGAAGAAGAGUCUGUGUGGCUGAGGUAUCGUUCUCUAACACUUCGCCUCCUCGCCCAUUUGGCUGGUCUGGCACACACACCCUCGCAAAAGAACUCCGAGAUAGCCACAGAGAACGGAGUCAGUGACAAGAGCUCGAUUCUCAGCAACCUGCUCUCCCAGCUCAAUCAGACUCUGCAGACAGGCGCUCAGAUGGCAGAGAAACCCACCCAGUAUACACUCCUGGGACCACCCUCCACCCGUCUGGCCCCAGCUCUGUCCAAUGGAAGCUGCCAGUGUCAGGCUGCAGCCCUCCAGCUGUCUGUGCACCUACAGGAGCUGGAGACUGUUGGACUUGAUGAGUCGUUGGAGCUUCAAACCCAGAUCUGUAACAGUUUCAAAUCAUUAGUGGUACAGCUACAAGAAAUACUGAAUAAAUGCAAAGGGGAUUUAUUGGAAAUGAAAGACAGCACAUUGAAAACCUGGCCCUCCUUAUUAGAAAACCUUAUCUUCUUUGUUGAGACGGUGUGCAUAGUUCUGUGGAUGGCUAGUUACUGUGCCAAGAUCAUCCGACCACUCAAAACUAGUCUACAGAAGAAGAAAAAGAAGAAAAAGGACACAAACACAGCUCAGCCACUGGUGGUGUGUGGGUUCCAGGAGCUGUCGGGGAGCUUGCAGGACCUGCUUACCCUGGCUUUGGAGUAUAUAAAUGGGCAAGAGACUGGCAUCACAGCCCUUAAAUUAGCCAGUUUAACCUUGGAAGGAUACAAACAGGAUGAGGCAUCGUUUAUGAAGGAUGCUAUGGACAAGGUGCAGAGCAGCUACCUGCGCUCGCUACAGGAGGUGGGAGAUCUGCUCAAAAAGAGAGCAGAAACUAUAAAGAGCCUCAAGAUCUGAAGAUCUUCAUUCACCCCUGAUUAAGAUGACUAUACUCCCACCAUCAGCCCCCUGUGCCCCACACCACCGUCUGUCAGCCCACCAGCUAACCUGCAAGUCCUACUUUUUACUUGCUGGUCCAACAAACCCAGACCCAACACGCCCAUUAAUCAUUUCCACCCUCUCUCCCUUCCUGCAUAUUUCUCACUCAGCAUUCGUGAACUCUCAGACUGGAUUUUUUUCUUUUCUUCCACUCCAACACACCUCUGGGACAUUUGCAACUCAUAGCACAUAAGCUUGGAAGUAAACUCAUGGAUUGAUACAGCAGUUAUAAGUGAGAAUGAGGGGGGGGGGGGGGACAUGCUC